CGGGGGGAGGCGCGGGCAGGAGGCGCCCGGAGGCGGCCCGCAGCGCUCGCUCGGGACUCGGCCCCGUCCGACUCCCCAGAGACGAGGGAGGUCGCCAGGCCGGUCAGAGCCCUCCACAGGCGUUAUAAAGGCUGGAAAGACCUGGCAGCCGGUUUGAGGGCUGGCAAGUAGACUGUUCGCACGGCCAGCGAGCCUUCCAAGGUUCCAAGGGUAAAACUGCACGUUUUGUAUGAGGGAAAACAGGCACAAGUGACAAAAGACACGAGAAAGCUAACAGUAUCCUGGCUUGUAUCAGAAACAGCGUGGCCAGCUGGAGCCGGGGAGUGAUGCUCCACUGUACUUGGAGCCGGGCUUCCUUGUUCUUGACUUGGGCCAAGCAAUCAUAGGAUGGACCAUUGACUCUUCUGUAGGCACUGAAGCAACUUUUAGGCACCGGUCGUGAGCCAAAGUCCUCGUACAAGUGAUGCUUCUGCUCAGAGAAGAAGGUUUAGAGAGACAUGGAGCUUGAAAGAAUCAUUCGAGACACACUGACACGCUUCAUCCAGUCCCACAUCCCUGCAGCAGACCUCAGUGGGAUGGACGAUGUUUUCUUCUCUUAUAUCACGGGUGUUCUGGAAGAGCUGGGCUCACCAGAGUCCUCUGAGGAGACCUUUGACAUGGACACUUUUGUGGAAAUGAUGGAGGCAUAUAUUCCUGGUUUUGCAGAAAUUCACAGUGGGGAUGUUUGUGAAAUGAUGUUCUCUCUGUCAGAAAGGCUUGUUGAAGCUCGCAACGAAGAAAAACCUGGCCAAAAGGCUGUGGAAAGUGGGAGUGAAACACCCUCUGAAGAACUGACCAAAGGCCAGGAGCCUGGAGCCGGAGCCUGCAAAGGGGAAAGGCUGUGCACUCCAGCAGACGGAGCUGGGUCCCAGGAAGGUGAUGCCUUGAAGGAUGGGGUAGAACUGCUACUGGAGAUGUUCCCAGCCUGUACUGUGAGCCAGGCAGAAAAGGCACUUGCCAUGGCCUUGGGGAACUUGGAGGAGGCAGUGCAGUUAAUUGUGGAGGAGAAGGUGGAAAUCGGCCCAGAAGGUGUGAGUGUGAAGGAACUGGUACGGCCCCGCAGAGCACCCAACCACGAGGAACUAAAACAGGUUAUCCUGCAGAAAUACAUGAUGGUGGAUAGUGCAGAUGAUCAGAAAACACACCGGCCAGCUCCACCAAAAGAGGUAAGAGCAGCAGUCCCAGCUCACCAGCAGUCUAAAUGUCCUUUGGAUACAAGGUUUAAAAAUCAGGCUGCAGGUCCAAAAAGCAACAGGGCAGGCCAAAGGCAGGACUGUCCACAGAGUCUACUAGUCAGCAAAGAGGGAAGAUUAGCUUAGCUGCAAGGUCUGUCAGUUCCUACCAUUCGUAACUAGCACAGCUCCUGCUUUUCCCCAUCAGACAGCUUCCUUCUCAGUGUUGGUCAAAAUUCCCACCACUAAGGAUGGGUAAAGCAGCUUACCCCAGUCUUUCUGCACCUGCCCCCCAGAGCACAGGUCUGCUUCUGCUUGUCCCCACGCUUUUCCUAGCAGUGUGGCUGUCCAUCCACUUGGUGUUAAUGUCUUUCCUCUACAGGCUCCCAAGAAAUUGAUCCGCUAUAUUGAUAACCAGGUGGUGAGUACAAAGGGAGAGAGGUACAAAGACAUAAAGAAGCCUGAGAGCGAGGAGAUGAAGAGAACCUACAUCAGCCUCAAACCAGCCAGGAAGUACAAGUUCCA